AUGUAUAAUUUCCCUCAAUUUCUCGAACCUCUAUCCCUCCUUGGUGGGUGGGUUUUUUCAUUUGGUUUUUGGAGUUUCUUCUUACCUGCCUGUGCUUGAGAGUUGAGACCUUGUUCUUGCAGUUUCUUCUUUCCUGUUCUUGAUUUCCUCUUCUUUUGAUUUGGUGGUUUCCAAUGGCCUCCAGCUCCCAAAUAGCCUGUGCAUCUCCUCCUUCAUCAGAUCCAAGUUGGGAGAAUGAUGUGUUUUUGAGUUUCAGGGGUGUAGACACUCGCAAGGGGAUUACAGUCGACAUACACGACCGACUUACUAGGAGAGGAGUUAAUACGUUCCUGGAUGAGCAAAACCUUAGAGUAGGCGAUGCUAUUUCUCCCACUCUUCUAAAGGCAAUUAAAGAAUCAAGGUUUGCAAUUGUUGUUCUCUCGAAAAAUUAUGCUUCUUCUACUUGGUGUUUGGAGGAACUUAGAGAGAUUUGUGAGUGCAUGAAAGACCAUAACAGAAUUUUGCCACUAUUUUAUCAUGUUGAUCCUACUGAUGUUCGAUAUCAGAAAAACAGUUUCGGAGACGCUUUCAUUAAGCAUGAAAACUCUCGGCGACACAAAUCAAAGAAGAUGAAACAAUGGAGAGAUGCUUUAAAGAAAGUGGCCGGUUUCUCGGGGUGGAAUACACAAGAUUAUAAGACUCACAAACAACUUGUUGACGUCAUUGUGGAAUUUAUCUGCAGUAUAGUAGUACCUGAUGCAAUUGAGUCCACGGGAGAUUUCGAAGCAUUUGAAGUAACAAAACAAGCCAUGUAUGAGAUUAUGAAGGCGUCUACAGAUGAUGACGUCACUGCAAUUGGUGUCUACGGCAUGGGAGGCGUUGGAAAGACAACCAUGGUAAAACAUGUCGCUGCACAUGCUAGAAAAAGUGGGAUUUUUGAUCAUGUGAUUAUGGGUGUCGUAUCCCAAAACCCUGACUUGAAAAGAAUUCAAGACACAUUGGCAGAGUUGCUGGGCUUCGAAUUACAUGAGGGGACAGAAAUUGGAAGAGCAGCUAGAUUGAGCAAGGAGAUAAAGAGAAGAAAUAAGAUCCUUAUAAUCCUGGACGACAUUUGGGAGAGAAUGGAAUUGUCAGACAUAGGAAUACCUAGCUACAAGGAACUUCGAAAGUGCAAGUCCAAAGUGCUACUCACCACAAGGAUAAGAAAUGUGUGUCAUGCGAUGAAGUGCCAAGAAAAGAUCAACCUCACUACCCUAUCAGAAGAAGAUUCUUGGACCUUGUUUGUGAGAAAUGCAGGAAGGUCUUUUGAAUCCACCAAUUUCGAGGAUGUUGCGAGGAGGGUAGCUGGAGAGUGUUGCGGUUUACCGAUUGCAUUGAUAGCAGUUGCAAGGGCACUCGGAGAUAAAGACUUGGUGGAAUGGAAGAGAGCAGCUCAAAGAUUAGAGAAGUCUCAUACUGCCAACCCUGAGGAUUACGGAGAGGCAUCCAAAUGUAUAAAAUUAAGCUAUGAUUACUUGAAAGAUGAGGACUAUAAGUCAUACUUCUUGCUCUGUUGCUUAUUCCCAGAAGACUUUGAAAUCGAAAUAGAAGACUUGUUCAAGUAUGCGAUCGGGAAAGGGUUGUUUCGAGAUGCCGACACAAUCGAAGAAGCCAGAGACGAAGCUGAUUCCGUGGCCACACACCUUAAACAUUGUUGCUUGCUUUUGGAUGGUGAAAACAAUAAAUUUGUAAGGAUGCAUGAUGUUGUCCGGGAUACAGCCAUUCAAAUUGCACAAUCUGAAGAUGGGCAUGGGUUUUUGGUGAAAGCUGGCUGUGGUUUAAAGGAUUGGCCUCGUCGAUUACAUGAAGGCUAUUCGGCAAUCUCACUAAUGGCUAAUUGUAUUGCCAAGCUACCUGAAAAGUUGGUAUGUCCAAAACUCCAAAUUUUGUUACUCAACUCUAAUUCCUCCAUAGGAGAGAUCCCAGAAUCCUUUUUUCAAAGUCCGAAUGAAUUAACGGUCUUAGAUCUUACGCGGACCCGUAUUUCAUUACUACCCCAAUCAUUCAGUCUGCUAACCAAUCUCCAAGCUUUGUAUUUAGAUCGUUGUUUCAAAUUUAUUGACACUUCUAAACUGGGAGAACUUAAGAAGCUUGAGAUUCUUAGUAUGAGAAAUUCAUGCUUUAAGGGGUUGUCGAGAGAAAUAGGAGAUUUGACCAAUCUAAGGAUGUUGGAUAUCACCAGUAAAAGUAUUGACACAGUUCCAUCCAAAGUGAUAUCAAAGUUGCAUAAUUUAGAAGAACUGUACAUGCAGGGAUUUUGGAACUGGGGGAGUAAAGUUGUGGGAGAAGGAGACGAAACCAAUGCGGGCUUUGACGAGGUAACUAGCUUGUCAAAUUUAAGAGUUUUGGAGGUUUGUAUCCCCGAUGCAGAAUGUAUCCCUAAAGAUGUUGAGUUCAAUCCGAAUUGGGUUAAGUUUAAUAUAUGUAUCGGCAGAGACGACAAGAUGAAAGCCACUGAUCAAUAUGCUCAUAAUUCAAUAUUCUUGAAGAUUGACACUAUCAGUAACUUACCAGACUGGUUUUGCAAUGCGGUGAUGACCAUAGCAGGGAGCCUACAGUGGAGAGGGUGCCAAAGGCUUAUUGAAUGUUUUAUGGAAUAUGAGCAUGGAAGGUUACAUGGAUUGAAGCAUCUCUCUGUAUACGGUGACUAUGACCACGAGCUGAUGAGCGUGUUAACAUGGGUUCCGAAAGAACCUGUGUUUGAGAACUUGGAAGAGCUGCGUCUGAUUGGCGUAGAUUGCCGGGAAUUAUGUGUUGGUGAAUUACCACCUGGGUCUUUGUUCAAUUUGAAGUUAUUAGAGGUAAAUUGUUACAACUGGGGGAUCAAUGUACUUUUACCAUCAACAUUGUUACAGAGACUUCCAAAUCUGGAAGAACUAAAUUGUUGUGGCAUGGAGGAGAUUGAAUAUGUGUUUGGGUAUGGAGCGCUAUUUGAGCCAAAACACUCAAAAUUGAGAAAGAUAAAGUUGUCUCGUCUACCGACAGUAAGAAGCAUAUGUAAUGCACCUGCUCCACCUGCAAUGUUCCAGAAUCUUGAGUGGUUGUUCAUUGAUUAUUGCCACUUGCGGGGAAGUCUCUUCACCUCUGAUGUUGCUCAAUGUCUUUUUCAGUUGAAAUACAUUGAUAUACGGUAUUGCCCCCUUCUGGAAAGAAUAGUUGAAGUAAGCAACAAGAAGAUCAUUCUUCCAAAUUUGGAGGAAUUAGCUUUGUUCCUACUUGAUAUGAUCUGCUAUGAAAGUGCUACUUUUGAUAUUGAGUGUCCUUCAUUGGAAAGAUUGUGUGUGUUUGGCUGCCCGAAAUUUUUAGCCUCUUAUUCUGACUUCCACAGCAGAAAAGAAAUCGAACUCAACAGUAUGGGGUUUCGGUAUCCUGGUUCCUCACAAGAAACACGAAGAAACUCUUACUGGUCUUCUAUCUCAAGAAGGAAACAAGGCCAACUCAAUUGGUUUUAAAGUUGAUCGCAUACAAGAAACACAAAGAGACCUUCAAUGACUAGAAGAAGAUUUGAUUGUGAAGCUGUAGACAACUGUAUCGAUUCUGUCACUGUCAUGACUAAUCAAUUUUAAAUAAACAUUUUUGUUUCUCUGUAUCUUGUUCCUUGUUUUCCUGCAAUUGUAUCCAUUGUAGAUUUUGUUGAUAUGAAAAAUGGCAUGUUACUGAACUGCAGAUAUCUUUCGUCAUUGUUGAUAUGGGCAUGCAUAAUAUGCAUUUACCUAUUGUUAUAGUUGUCUGAGAUUUUAACUUCUCCA